CGAGAGAGGUGGCUCGAUCGGCGCGGAGCCUCCAACUACCUUCAGUUGUUUCAGAACCACCGUACGGUUCGAAUGUCAUUCCGUUACGUGGCGUGUUUUUUUUCCCCGUCGAUAGAUACAUACGUAUAUCCUUAUACGUGAGACAGUCAGUGUUGUUUGAGUGAGUGCGCGCGCGAUUGUGUGAGUGCGCGCGCGUACCAUAGGCGCUCCGAAGAGGACCCGAGGCGAAGAGGAACGAACGAGCGUUCCUAUCGUGAAAUCGUAUAGGAGUAAGAGUUAUAUGUAUAUACGAGAUCGAUCGAUCUACCGAUGUGAAUAAACGUUUUAUUCUUACAUCGUUAUAGUCGUCUCAUACAUAGACUCGCAUACACCAUUGCGUUUUUUUUCUUCAUCUUCUCCGAAUUUGUGAGAGAUCGAGAUUCGAUCGUGGGCUCUUUACGAUCAUUAACAUUUUCUUAAGACGUUACGUUCAACGAUCGAGCUUCUUUUUCGAGACCGUUUACGAAGGAUAGUUGGAGUGAGAGAGAGAUAGAUAGAUAGAUAGAUAGAUAGAUAGAGAGAGAGAGAGAGAGAGAACUUGAGUGAGAGAGAGAGAGAGAGAGAUAGAAAGAGACAUUUACAAGUGCUCGUCUCGACCGGUGCGAACGUACACGCACCCGCCGCCUCUCCAACGAUUUCGAUCGACAACGUGAAGUCAGCAACGAGUGUUCCGGCGUAUCGCCGACAAAGAAGUGUGUGUCGCCAUGACUAAUUCGAUCGGCUAAGGUGUAGUGAUCGAGGCGUUUACCUCCGAUUUUGAGGUAUUGGGAAACUCGCGAAGGAAAAGCACUACAAAAUGGGUGAAAUUCUUGGUUCGGCGAGUUUCCUUCAUCUCGGCGAUAUCGUCAGUCUCUACGCCGAGGGAAGUGUUUCAGGUUUUCUUUCCACAUUGGGAUUGGUAGACGACAGAUGCGUCGUGUGUCCAGAAGCUGGAGAUUUGACGAAUCCACCAAAAAAGUUCAGAGAUUGCCUCUUCAAGAUAUGUCCUAUGAAUCGUUAUUCCGCCCAAAAGCAAUUUUGGAAGGCGGCAAAGCAAAGUGGCAGUUCCGGUACAGACGCUGGAUUAUUGAAAAGACUUCACCAUGCCGCAGAAAUCGAAAAAAAGCAAAAUGAAACCGAGAAUAAAAAAUUGUUGGGCUCCGUCGUCUCCUAUGGCAACGUCGUUCAGCUUUUGCAUUUGAAGUCAAAUAAGUUUUUGACCGUUAACAAGAGAUUACCGGCGCUUCUUGAGAAGAACGCAAUGAGGGUAUAUCUAGAUGCAAAUGGGAACGAAGGUUCUUGGCUUUACAUAAUGCCAUUUUAUAAAUUGCGAAGUGACGGCGACAGCGUUGUCGUUGGCGAUAAGGUGAUAUUAGAACCGGUGAAUGCUGGAAGACAAGGACUUCAUGUAGCAGCCAAUUACGAGCUGAGCGAUAAUCCUGGAUGUAAAGAAGUGAAUGUCGUUAAUUCGUCAACAUCCUGGAAAGUGACACUCUUUAUGGAGCAUAGAGAGAAUCAAGAAGAGAUACUUAAGGGUGGCGACGUCGUUAGACUCUUUCAUGCCGAGCAGGAAAAAUUUUUAACGAUGGACGAAUAUAAAAAGAAACAACACGUUUUCCUUAGAACAACAGGAAGGACUAGUGCGACUGCUGCUACUAGUAGUAAAGCAUUAUGGGAAGUGGAAGUUGUGCAACAUGAUCCUUGCAGAGGUGGAGCAGGACAUUGGAAUUCUCUUUUCAGAUUCAAGCAUUUAGCAACAGGUCAAUAUCUUGCUGCUGAGAUUGAUACGGACGAGCCUUAUGAGACCAAUAAUAGCAAGCGUGAUUCUGCUGUUCAAGUUUAUAGAUUGGUCUCAGUACCACACAGCAACGAGAUUAGUUCUUUAUUCGAAUUAGAUCCAACCACAUUAACGAGGGGUGAUAGUUUAGUACCUCAAUCUUCCUUCGUUAGGUUACACCAUAUAUGUACAAAUACGUGGGUUCACUCGACGAGUGUACCGAUUGACAAGGAUGAUGAAAAGCCAGUAAUGUCCAAGGUGGGUUGUGCUUUAAACAAAGAAGACAAAGAGGCUUUUGCAUUGAGAUCUGUAUCACCGGUAGAGGUACGAGAUUUAGAUUUUGCAAACGAUGCCUGUAAAGUUUUAGCAUCCAUAAACUGUAAAUUGGAGAAGGGUACGAUUUCUCACAAUGAACGGAGGGCCGUAACUAGUUUAUUGCAAGAUAUAGUUUAUUUUAUUGCGGGACUAGAAAACGAGCAAAAUAAAUCCGAGGCGUUGGAGUUAAUCGUAACGAAUGCAGUUAGAGAUCGACAAAAGUUACUCCGAGAACAAUAUAUUCUGGGUCAAUUAUUUAAGAUACUUCAGGCACCGUUUUUAGAGUCGGCCGAAGGUGAGGGACCAUUUCUUAGAAUAGAGGAACUUAACGAUCCAAGACAUGCACCGUACAAAUAUAUGUUUCGAUUGUGUUAUCGUAUACUUAGAUUGUCGCAACAGGAUUACAGAAAAAAUCAGGAAUAUAUUGCCAAACAUUUUGCUUUCAUGCAAAAACAAAUUGGAUACGAUAUAUUGGCAGAGGAUACGAUCACAGCUCUUUUACACAAUAAUCGAAAAUUAUUAGAAAAGCAUAUUACAGCUGCCGAAAUCGAGACGUUCGUAGGUCUUGUGAGAAAAAAUAUGCACAAUUGGGAAUCUAGAUUUUUAGAUUAUUUAUCGGAUUUAUGUAUCUCCAAUAAGAAAGCAAUUGCCGUAACACAGGAAUUGAUAUGUAAAAGUGUACUCAGCGAAAAAAAUAAGGAUAUUCUCCUAGAGACCAGGAUGAUGAAGGUUAAAACUGAAAUGAAAAUGAUUGAUCAAAAGCAAGACAAUGACGAGCCUCAAAUAAUCGUUAAAGAGAAAGAUGAAGUAUAUCUUUUCUGGAACAAUGCAACGAAAUCAAAAUCUUUAUGUGAGUUAGCAAAGAACGCUAAGCUGGGUAAUUUACUAGGACCAGCAAUUUUGGAUUAUUACAGACAUCAAUUGAACUUGUUUAGCAAUAUGUGUCUUAACAGGCAGUAUUUAGCACUUAACAAUUUGUCACCGCAUUUGGAUAUAGAUCUCAUACUUAAAUGUAUGGAAGAUGCAACUGUACCAUAUGAAUUGCGUGCUUCGUUUAGUCGACUUAUGUUACAUCUUCAUGUGGAUAGAGAUCCACAAGAACAAGUGACACCAGUAAAGUAUGCCCGUCUUUGGUCCGAAAUUCCAUUAAAAAUGAGCAUUAAUGAUUACGAUACAAAUAAAAUGCCCGACGAAAAUAAAGAAGCCGUUCGCGUAAAAUUUAGUUCGACAAUAAAAUUCGUGGAAGAUUAUCUCUGCAAUGUUGUUGCAAAGAUGUGGUCUUUUGCAGAUCAAGAACAAAAUAAGCUUACGUUUGAGGUGGUUAAAUUAGCACGCGAUUUAAUUUAUUUUGGAUUCUAUAGCUUUAACGAUCUGUUAAGAUUAACUAAAACGUUAUUAAGUAUCUUGGAUUGUGUCUCUGAAAAUGAUUUCAUUGAUGGGAAAAUACCAACCGGAGAAAUUGACUCUGAGUCUAUGGAUUCUGAAGAGGCAGCCGAAGGAGGAGUUCUCCGAUGUAUUGGAGAUAUGGGUGCUGUGAUGACAAGUUUAACUUUAGGACCAGCUGGACAAGUAUUAGCUGGAAGUUCAUCUCCGAGGCCGAAAACUACUUCAAAAAAAGAAUAUCCCUUGGUGAUGGACACCAAAUUAAAAAUAAUUGAAAUACUUCAGUUUAUUCUCGACGUUCGAUUGGACUAUAGAAUUUCAUGUUUAUUAAGCAUUUUCAAACAAGAAUUCGAUGAAACUGAAAAAGCUUCGGGUCAAGACUUAAGUCAACUUUGUCAGAAAACUAUCGAUUUGGAAUCCAUUGGAACACAAGCCGAAGGAAUCUUUGGAAGCAGUGAAGAAUGUGUGGCAUUGGAUCUAGAUGGUUUAGGUGGCAGAACAUUUUUACGCGUUUUACUUCAUCUAGCAAUGCACGAUUAUCCACCUUUAGUAUCCGGAGCUUUGCAUUUAUUAUUUAGACACUUUAGUCAAAGGCAAGAAGUAUUGCAAGCUUUUAAACAGGUACAAUUAUUAGUCUCGGAUAGCGAUGUUGAAUCGUACAAGCAAAUUAAAGCAGAUUUAGAUGUUUUACGACAAUCGGUUGAGAAAUCUGAGCUUUGGGUGUACAAGUCAAAAGCUACGGAAGAACAUGGAAAUAAAAAGAAGAAGAGCAAAGAGGACGAAGAAGAUUCUUCGACGCCUCGUAAAGCACCGCCACAGUUGUCUACGUCGGAUAAAAAAGGAUCUGCAAUUGAUUUAGAUAUUGGUCCACCAUUAAGUGUGGAUCAAGCCGAGGAAUAUAAAAAAAUUCAACAAAUAUUAAUACGAAUGAAUAAGCUGUGUAUCCAAACGAUACCGGGUGGACAAAUAAAGCCACGUAAACACGAACAAAGACUUUUGCGUAAUGUUGGUGUGCAUACCGUUGUAUUAGAUCUAUUACAAGUCCCUUUUGAUGAUACAGAAGAUGUUAGAAUGAAUGAACUGAUGCGUUUGGCACAUGAUUUCUUGCAAAAUUUUUGUCUGGGCAAUCAACAGAAUCAGGUUCUGUUACACAAACAAUUAGAUCUAUUUUUAAAUCCUGGUAUACGAGAGGCUCAAACAGUAUGUAGCAUUUUUCAAGACAAUUCUACUCUUUGCAAUGAAGUGAGUGUUAAAGUGAUUCAGCACUUUGUCCAUUGCAUAGAAACACAUGGGAAACAUGUGCAAUAUUUAAGAUUCCUUCAAACUAUCGUGAAAGCAGAAAAUCAGUUUAUAAGAAAAUGUCAGGAAAUGGUGAUGCAAGAGCUUGUUCAAGCGGGAGAGGACGUUUUGGUUUUUUAUAACGACAGAGCUUCAUUUAAUCAAUUCGUGGAAAUGAUGCGAUCGGAAAGACAUAGAAUGGAUGAAAGUAGUCCACUUAAAUAUCACGUUGAAUUGGUGAAGUUAUUAGCUUGUUGUACCAUGGGUAAAAAUGUUAAUACCGAGAUCAAAUGUCAUAGUCUUUUACCGCUCGAUGAUAUCGUUGCUAUGGUAUCACAUCCGGAUUGUAUACCAGAGGUGAAGGAAGCUUACAUCAAUUUCCUUAACCAUUGUUACAUAGAUACUGAAGUAGAGAUGAAAGAAAUUUAUAAUUCCAAUCAUAUGUGGUCCUUAUUCGAAAAGUCGUUUAUUGUAGAUAUGACAUUGAUAGCAACACCUAAAAAUGAUCAACAAGAUGCAGAUAUUGCUUUAGAGAAUUAUGUAACAAGCUGUUUAAUGAAUAUCAUUACUACGUUCUUCAGCAGUCCAUUUUCCGAUCAGAGUACGACGGUCCAGAAACAACUGCACGAGGCUAGACUUUAUUGGAGCAUCAAGGAAUGUGACCGGAAUAUUGACAAUAAUCUUGCAACUUAUACCCGACAGCCUAUAUUUGUCCAGUUACUUCAUGCAGCAUUUAAAGUAUCACAAUGUAUAUGGUUGAAUGCAGGGCAAAGAUUUAAUGUAGAAAAUUGUAUAAGAACUUUAUCCGACGUUGCUAAGGGAAGAGGUAUUGCCAUCCCUACUGAUCUAGAAAGUCAAGUUGCAUCUAUGUUUAAUAAAGCAGCGAUGCUUAGUAGACAAACAAGUAAAUGGCUUCAAGCUGCUAAACAACCGAAAAUAGAGCGUACUCAGAGUCAGGUGAUGCGUCUGGAUCGUAGUAUUAUAGAAGGUUUACAAGACAUAGUAUGUUUAUUAGAAGAACAACUUAAACCAUUGGUACAAUCAGAAUUAUCCUUGUUGGUUGACAUCCUCUAUCGACCGGAACUUUUAUUUCCAGCAGCAACUGAAGCUAGAAAACGAUGUGGAAAUGGUGGAUUUAUUAGGAGAUUGAUCAAGCAUACCGAAAAAUUACUUGAAGAAAAAGAAGAAAAAUUGUGUGUAAAGGUAUUAAAAACUCUUCGAGAAAUGAUGGCGAUUGAUCCCGAAUACGGGGAAAAAAAUGAAGAUAUUUUGGAACAUGCAGAUUCAGAAAAGAAGACCGAAUCUCAACUUGGAACAGAUUCCAAUGAUCAAUGUGAUCGUCAUAUGACUCAGGAAGAGCGGGGUGAUGCAUUAAGGCAUAAUUUACUGACACGUUACUUCGGAAAAACUUUUAUUCAGAAACCUGAAAAUGUUGAAAUUGGGGUAUCCUGUACAAUGGCCGUAACUCAUGGACCAGGAGCCAAGAUGUUGAGUCGUGCAGGACGGACUUUGCACGAAGUUCAAAGUCAUUUGGAUAAAGAAGGUGCUUCAGAUUUGGUUGUAGAACUGGUUAUUAAAAGUGUACACUCUCCUAGUAUAUUCGUAGAAGUUGUAGAAUUAGGAAUAGCCCUUUUGGAAGGUGGCAAUCCGAUUAUACAAAAAAGUGUAUUCAAUAAAUUGAUGGGAGGUGAUUUAAGUCAAUCGUUUUUCAAGGUUUUUUACGAUAAAAUGAAAGAUGCGCAACAAGAAAUUAAGUCCACCGUGACGGUGAAUACAUCCGAUAUAACAGCAAAAACUAAUGAAGAUAAGGAACCAAAUAAGGAAAUAGAAAAAAUAUCAAGAAAACGUGCAACAGGUAAGCCUAAUGGAAUCGUUUGUACCGAUGAUUUACGAGAUGAUUUAAAUACAACUACGGCGACUAAUGCUCAAGCAUACGGGAACACGCGUAAUCUUAUACCUGGAGAAGACGUAACAAAUAAUGCAGUGGAGGAAAUAAUUGGUGACAAAUUAGAAAGAAUACGUGCUGAACCUUCGGCUGGCGUUGAAAAAGAUGACACUCAGCUUAGCGUAAAAGUAUUAGUAAUGCAACCAAUUUUACGUUUUUUACAAUUGUUGUGCGAAAAUCAUAAUCAUAAUCUUCAGAAUUUUCUUCGCAAUCAAAACAAUAAAACCAAUUUUAAUUUGGUAUCGGAAACACUAAUGUUUCUUGAUUGUAUUUGUGGAUCGACAACCGGUGGAUUAGGUUUACUUGGAUUAUAUAUCAAUGAAAAUAAUGUUGCAUUAAUUAAUCAAACUUUGGAGACUUUGACGGAAUAUUGUCAAGGACCUUGUCAUGAUAAUCAGAAUUGCAUCGCCAUACACGAAUCUAAUGGUUUGGAUAUUAUAACGGCUUUGAUAUUGAACGAUAUUAAUCCUUUGGGUAAAACUAGAAUGGAUUUGGUAUUGGAACUGAAAAAUAAUGCUAGUAAAUUGUUAUUGGCUAUUAUGGAAAGUAGAGGCGACAGCGAGAACGCUGAAAGAAUAUUAUACAACAUGAAUCCAAAGCAAUUAGUGGAUGUGGCUUGUAGAGCAUUUCACCAAGAAUCAUUGGAUGAUGUAACUGAUAUUGAUGAUUCAUCAACUAAUGGAGAGGAAGGGGUAUCUCCUAAAGAGGUCGGUCAUAAUAUUUAUAUCUUAUGUCAUCAAUUGGCUCAACAUAAUAAAGAGUUAGCAACGAUGUUAAGGCCAUCGGAAGAAAAUAAUGCCGAUCCGAAAAUCAAUAAAGCAUUGCAAUACUAUGCAUCGCAUACAGCUCAAAUUGAGAUUGUCAGGCAUGAUAGAACAUUAGAACAAAUAGUUUUUCCGAUACCAGAAAUAUGCGAGCUUAUUACCGUUGAUACGAAGAUUAAAGUGUUACAUACCACUGAACGCGAUGAUCAAGGAUCAAAAGUAUCAGAUUUCUUUGAAAGAACAGAGGAUAUGUUUAAUGAAAUGAAGUGGCAGAAGAAACUUAGAGGACAGCCAGUAUUAUUUUGGAUGAGCAGUUACAUGUCAUUGUGGAGUAAUAUUUUGUUUAAUUGUGCUGUCCUUAUAAACCUCAUUGUAGCAUUCUUCUAUCCAUUUGUAGAUUCUGUACCAAAACUUGGUUCUCAUUUGUCAGCUCUUAUUUGGGCUGUAAUGCUAUCAUCCGCAGCUAUUGUUAUUACGUUACCACGGGAAUCGGGUAUACGUACAUUAGUUGCAUCAACAAUUUUACGAUUAAUAUUUUCUAUAGGACCAGAACCAACUUUGUGGUUACUUGGAUUUGUUACGAUCGUUUUAAAGAUUAUUCACCUAAUAAGUAUUAUAGGAAAUCAGGGGACCCUAACUAAAAGUUUAGAACAAAUAAUUACAAAUGGUGAAAUAUUAUAUCACGCGUCAUACUUAAUAUUUUGUGUACUAGGACUUUUGAUGCAUCCAUUUUUCUAUUCGGUUUUGCUUUUUGAUGUGGUUUAUCGAGAAGAAACAUUGCUCAAUGUAAUAAGAUCUGUAACGAGAAACGGAAGAUCUAUUAUACUCACUGCUGUAUUGGCUUUGAUUUUAGUUUAUAUGUUUUCUAUUAUCGGAUUUAUGUUCUUUAAAGAUGAUUUUCUGGUCAGCGUGGACGAAGAAAUUAUUCCAACACUUGAUGAUGAAACUACCAAUACUUGUAAAAUUAGUAAUAGUGAAAAGUGUGAACCGAGUGAAACAAUGUCACGAUAUAUACGUGAAGUUAACGAACAAGGAAAUAACCAAGAUUUGGUUAACAUUGGGGGUGAAAUAAAAGAACGGGCUUGUGAUUCAUUAGUUAUGUGCAUCGUUACAACAUUGAAUCAAGGUUUAAGAAAUGGCGGAGGAAUAGGUGAUGUUUUAAGAGCACCAUCAAGCACAGUAAUAUCAUUUUGUGAACCACUAUUUGUUGCUAGAGUCGUAUACGACUUACUAUUCUUCUUCAUAGUGAUAAUUAUUGUUUUGAAUCUCAUAUUUGGUGUUAUUAUCGAUACGUUUGCUGAUCUUAGAUCAGAGAAACAACAAAAAGAAUUGAUUUUAAAGAAUACUUGUUUUAUUUGUGGUUUAAAUAGGUCAGCUUUUGAUAAUAAAACUGUAUCUUUCGAAGAACAUGUAAAACAUGAACACAAUAUGUGGCAUUACCUUUAUUUCAUCGUUUUAGUAAAGGUAAAAGAUCCAACAGAAUUUACAGGUCCGGAGUCGUACGUUUAUGCAAUGGUGAAGGAUAGAAAUCUUGAUUGGUUUCCACGAUUAAGAGCAAAAUCUUUAGCGGCUGACGAGGGUGAGGGAGAACAAGUAGAAUUGAGAAGUUUACAAUCACAAUUAGAAUCUACUCAGCAAUUGGUAAAAUGUCUUUCACAGCAACUUACAGAAUUGCGUGAUCAGAUGACGGAACAAAGAAAGCAAAAACAACGUCUCGGUCUUUUAAAUUCUGCAUCUCCGCUUUUACACAAUAUAUAAACGCGGAUUUGACAAAUGCUACGGAUGUAAAAGAAAUAUAUAUAUAUAUAUAUAUAUAUAUAUAUUUAAAAAUUUUAAAUAAAUAUUUUAAAUUUAUACAGAUAUCUGUAUACACAUUAUCUGUAUAAAUUUAAAACUAAGUUGUUAUGUCCUUAGCCGUAGCUGCAUUUUACCUUGAUAUUCUAAAAGGAUACAUGUCCAUAUGUUUCUGGCAAAAUUUAAGGACAUUAAAAAUCGAUAGGUAGGCAUCUCGGAAUAUGCGUACGGUUUUGUUCCUAAUUUUGAAGAAAAUGAUCUAUAUAAUGAAAUGAUAUGACAUGGAGAUAUUAAGUAUGAUGCGGACUUCAGUUUUUUUUUUUUUUUUUUAUUAUUUAUCAUGCCAUCUCAACUUAUUAUAAUUUAUAUUAUCUUGAAGAUCUUAUAUUCUGAUACUGAAUCAUUCAUUUACAUUACUUGAAAUAUCUAAACAAUUAUUAUUAUUAUUAUUUUUUUUUUCGUGAAUACGAAUAGUGAAAAUAAUUAAAAAUAGCUAUUCAUACAUGCGACUUAAGAAGGGAUAUCGUGAAAAGUAUAAAAAAAAAGAUUCUAAUUUAAAGAUUUAUUAUAUUGAUUUAGUAGGAGUGCAAGUAGUAUGUAAGUAACUCGAUUGACUUAAAUGCAGCAUUUUAAUAGUGGUUUAAACAAAUUUUUAUCAUUUACGUCAGAUCUGUCUAUUCAAUUAUAGCAUUAAAUUGAAUGUGAUUUAUUGUUAUUGCAUUUAGAAAACGAAUAUAUUAUAUAUGAGAAUCUAGUAUUUAGCAUCUCGUAAGAAAUGAAACUUUCUUUUUUGCAAGUGAUCGCUACGAUUUAUUUUUACUUUUAUUCUAUGACACAUCACACAGUCAUACUAUUAUAGCAUAAUACAUUCUUCUUUUUUAAUUAGAUCUUGAAAGUCUAUUUCAUUGAUAAUAAAAUUCAGCGAUCACCUACGAAACAGACACGUUUUUCUUUCUCGAUAGUUUGUGUAUAAAGUUAUAUUUAUAUUUCUAAGCAAAGAAAUAUGAGAUGUAUUUCAGAAUGAUAUGAAAGUACGUUUUCAUUAGCGCACAAUUUGUUAUGCUUUUCAUUUUAAAUCGAAUAUUGUAGAUUUAAAAAAAAUUCAAAUCUAAACAAUUGUUAUCUAUGUUACACAUAUAUACUAUUGUGUUUCUUAAUUGUUGAUACUUGAUGAAUAUGUUGCUUUAUUGGGAA